AUCGCGACAGAGCGCGGAGAACGGACGCGCUGCUCGUGACCGCGCACGCAGGGUCUGUUUUUAAUCGGGGGCGCGGACGUGCGCGUCGCCGCGGAUUCUUUGUGUGGCGGCGUAGAGAAGCGCAAAUACAAAAACCAUGGCCGACGAGAAACCCAAGGAGGGGGUGAAGACAGAGAACAACGACCACAUCAACCUGAAGGUGGCGGGACAGGACGGGUCCGUGGUCCAGUUCAAAAUCAAGAGACACACACCCCUCAGCAAACUCAUGAAGGCCUACUGUGAGAGACAGGGACUGACAAUGAGGCAGAUUCGAUUCCGGUUUGACGGACAGCCAAUCAAUGAAACAGACACGCCCGCACAGUUGGAAAUGGAGGAUGAAGACACAAUCGACGUUUUCCAGCAACAGACAGGAGGACACAUCUGAAUCUCUCUCUCUCUCUCUCUCUCUCUCUCUCUCUCUCUCUC